CGCCGGGGCGAGUCGCACGUGUUGUUUUCAUGGAAGUGUAGCCUCUCUUGGUUCAGACGGCGUGUGAUAUUUUUUUUGUAACAGCAACGUGCUAAACCUCGGCAACACCAAUGGGGAAGAAACUCAAAGUCGGAAAGACCCGAAAAGAUAAAUUUUACCACCUGGCCAAAGAAACAGGUUAUCGCUCUCGGUCCUCCUUCAAGCUGAUCCAGCUCAACCGUAAAUUUCAGUUUCUACAGAAAGCCAGAGCUCUGAUCGACCUGUGUGCUGCUCCUGGAGGAUGGUUGCAGGUGGCUUCAAAGUUUAUGCCCGUAUCAAGUCUCAUUAUUGGUGUUGACCUGGUGCCCAUCAAGCCAAUUCCAAAUGUAGUGGCACUGCAAGAAGACAUCACUACAGAAAAAUGUAAACAGGCUUUACGAAAAGAACUGCAGACUUGGAAGGUCGAUGUUGUGCUUAAUGAUGGAGCCCCAAAUGUGGGAGCCAAUUGGCAACACGAUGCCUUUUCUCAAGCUCAUUUGACUCUCAUGGCCCUGAAGUUAGCCUGUGAGUUUCUGAACAAAGGGGGCACCUUUGUCACAAAGGUCUUCCGCUCCAAAGACUAUCAGCCGCUACUGUGGAUCUUCCAGCAGUUCUUCAAGAAGGUGCAGGCCACAAAGCCGCAGGCCUCCAGGAACGAGUCUGCUGAGAUCUUUGUCAUCUGUCAGGGUUUUCUUGCCCCAGACAAAAUUGAUAGCAAGUUCUUUGACCCCAAGCAUGCCUUCAAAGAGGUGGAGGUGCAGGCAAAAACUGUGAGGGAACUGAUUCCUGUCAAGAAACCAAAGGCGGAGGGAUACACAGACGGUGAUCUGACACUCUAUCACAGCUUCACAGUGACAGCUUUUCUUAAAGCUGACAACCCUGUGGACUUCCUGGGCAAAGCCAGUGAGAUCACCUUUGACAACCCAGAGCUGGAGUCUCACCCGUCCACCAGCGCUGAGAUAAAGGAGUGUUGUAGUGACAUCAAAGUCCUGGGUCGCAAAGAGCUCCGUUUGCUGCUGAACUGGAGGAGAUUGCUGAGGAGAUUCUUGGCCAAAAAACUUAGGAUGGAAGCCAAACAGCUCGACCAGGAGAUAAACUUGAGUUCUGAUGAAGGAGAGGGCAAUUCAGAGGAAGAACCAGAAAAGAAGGCAGAGGGGGAGGAGAAAGAUGAAGAAGCUGAGGAGGAAGAAGAGAUGGAGAGAAAACUGGCAGAACUGAAAGCAGAGGAGGUGGCAGAGCUCAAACGGAAGAAGAGGAAGCUGCUAAAGGAACGGCGGAAACAGAGGGAGAGGGUGGAGCUAAAGAUGGACCUGCCGGGUGUCUCCAUUGCAGAUACAAAUGACUCAUCAAUGUUUUCUCUCGCCACCAUCAGGAAGCAACAGGCUCUGGUUGACAUAUCCAAGGGGGACAUGCAAGCAGCAGAUGCUCUCGUAGAAGGAGAUGAUGACCUUCACCUGUCGGAGGAGGACGAGGAGGAAGAUGAGGCAGAUAAAAUGUCAUUGGCUUCUGAUUUAGAUGAUGAGGAUUUGGAAGAAGUGGAGCAGAGACAGAAAGAGCUGGAGAAAAAAGAACCAAAGAAAAAAGUUAGGUUCGAUGAAGAGGAGGAGGAAGCAGAUGAAGGGCAGGAAAGUGGCUUGCUGGUAGAACUAGAGGGGAAGGAUGAGAAGAAAGAACGAGAGACCAACCUGUGGUUUAGCAAGGGCAUUUUCUCAGAGAUCAAUCUGGAAGGAGACGCAGAGAGCGAGCUACGACAAACCGAGUGGCUUCAGAACAAACAAAAUGACAAAGGCAAAAAGAGGAAAGCAGAAGAUGUGGAAGAGGAGCUAAAGGAGGAACGGGCUGCUCAGCCUAAGGAGGAAAAGGCGGGACCUUUACAGCAAGUUGAGGAAAGUGACAGUGACUCAGACGACAGCAGUGAUGAUGAGAAGGAGAUUACCAGGAUGAAGCAGGCCAGGGGGUCUGGUGGUUUGUCAGGAGAGGCUGAUGAAGAUGACUUUCAGGUAGUUCCUGUGGAGAGCACUAGUAAGAAGGCCAGGAUCCUGGAUGCAGAAGGCCUGGCACUGGGAGCUCAGAUUGCUACGUCUAAGAAGAGAGCAAGGCAUUUGAUAGAUGACUCCUUUCACAGGUUUGCUAGCUCUGAGGAGCAAUGGGAGGUACCCGAGUGGUUCCUGGACGAUGAACGGAAGCACAGGAAGAAGCCGGUGCCGGUCACUAAAGAGAUGGUGGAAGAGUAUAAACAAAAAUGGAAGGAGAUUGAUGCUCGUCCUAUCAAACGAGUCGCAGAGGCUAAGGCCAGGAAGAAGAGGAGGAUGCUAAAGAAGAUGGAGCAGGCUAAGAAGAAAGCAGAGGCAGUCGUCAACACAGUGGACAUCUCAGAGAGGGAGAAGAUGGCACAGCUGAAGAGUAUUUACAAGAAAGCCGGCUUGGGGAAGGAGAAGAGAGAAGUUACUUAUGUAGUGAGCAAAAAAGGAGCCGGGAAGAAGGUGAGACGGCCCGCUGGUGUCAAGGGUGCAUUCAAAGUAGUGGACAGUCGCAUGAAGAAAGACAUGCGGGGAAUGCAGAGGAAAGAACAAAACGCCAAAGGGGGCAAAGGAAAAGGUGGAAAAGGCAGAGGUGGAAAAGGCAAAGGGGGACAUAUGAAGGGUGGUAAAGGCAGAAAAGGAAAAUAAAUAUGAACCUGUAAUGUUCUCCCAUUCCCGCCUUUCUAAUGUUGAUCCCAUGGUGCAGAAAUGCUUUUACAGAGCUUUGUAAGCUGAGAUGCCUGUCGAAGUCCAAGUCCCUGCAUCAGGCACAGAUACAACAGUGAACUCAUGGAUGCUGAAUACUACUUUUUCUGGAGUCUCCCAAACUCAUGGACACUUCAGAAAUAUUCUAAGUGAAUUUUAAAACUGAUGGUCUGUAUACAUCUUUCUGGGGAUGUAGAUUAUCUGCCUUGAACUGUAAAAACGUAAGCAGUCAACAGCUGAAUAAAAUAAUCACAGCAAACCAGACUUAAAAUUGUUGUGAUAAAGGUUUUCUCUAUAAAUGUUGCUGUUAAUAUUGUAAAUAUAAUACACACA